AUGGGCGCAAAAUCGGGUCUCGCCCUCAAGUUCCUACAAUGGUUCAUUCGCGGCAUUCAGUUUUGCUGUGCUGCUGUCGUCUUGGCACUAUUCAGUUAUUUCCUCGCAGCGCUACACAACCACAGUUUGAGCAUCCCUACGUGGCUUAGGGCUGUCGAAGGUAUUUCAGGAGCUGCAGUCUUAUACACCCUCAUCGGUCUACUUUUGCUCUGCUGCCUUGCCGGACACCCGUUUACGUCUUUCAUCGCCAUUAUCUUGGAUGUCUGCUUCAUCGGUGCCUUCAUCUACGUUGCCGUCGCCAACAAGAAUGGAGCUAGCUCUUGCAGAGGAACGGUCAACACACCAUUUGGCUCUGGUAAUGCUGGCGACCAGGUGACGAGCAGCAACAGUGGAUUCACCAACUUGCCCACCUACCGCCAGGCUUGCCAAAUGCAGACUGCCUGCUUAGCUGUAUCUAUUGUAGCAAUCUUAUUCUUCCUCCUCUCCAUCUUGGUCGAGUUUGUGCUGGUCCGCCACCGCCGCAAGGAGCAGCGUUUCGGUCCUAGCCCUGCCAACAACUACACUUCUGGCUACGGACGCCGCAACAAGUUCAUGGGCAUGUUCAGACGCCGCGGUACCGGGGGCACCACCUCUGGUGAUAACGCCCUGCCUCAGCAUACCACUCCCGAGCAGGUUCGCCAGAGCUACAACACUGAGAGCACAGCUGUCGGCCACGACGGUCUCGCCCACAACAAGUAUGGUGAGGCUGGUUACGGCCACGAGGGUGUCAACGGUGUCAAUGGAGUCAAUGGUCAGCACGCCUACCACGAACCUGGGGUGACGGGCACUACUCAGCACGCCUACCACGAACCCGCGGUGAUGGGUACUACUCAGCCCCCUACCGGUUACCAGUACAAUGAUGGUACUUACAACCGAUACAACGCUUAA